UUCCCUGGAGUUUCAGUAGUUCACAAUUUGCAGAAUGACCUCGACGCCUUUCUUCAACUCCCUUCGCACUUCCUCUUCAAUCUCAUGGAAACAGACCGGUAAGCUUCAGCAAACACUGGCAUCCGUAAUAGAAAAGUCAGGAACAUCGCUUCACUCUGGGGCGUUUUCGACGGCGAAACUGUUCCCAGCGAAGGCUGGGGAAGGGAGGUUCUUCAUUUGUGGUGAUCGCCGGUUAAGAAUCCCUGCUUCAAUCGAUUUCGUUACAGAGACUACUCUCUGUACGACGUUGUGCAAAAACGGAACUAGGAUUCGAACGGUUGAGCACUUGCUUUCGGCUCUGGAGGGCACUGGAGUGGAUAAUUGCCGGAUUGAGAUUGAUGGGUCGGAUGAGGUUCCUUUAUUGGAUGGAUCAGCACAAGAAUGGGUGGAGGCAAUAGAGAAAGUCGGUUUGUGCAUGGCAAAAGAUUCCCAUGGCAACAACAUGGAAAAAAUGACGCCAUUACUUCAUGAACCUGUGCAUGUGUGGAGUAAUGAUUCUUUCAUAGCGGCAUUCCCUUCUUCCAAAGUUCAGAUCACGUACGGGAUAGCUUUUCCACAGGUCCCUGCUAUUGGCUACCAGUGGUUCUCUUCUUUUCCCCUGGAUGACUAUUUCUAUGUGAAGCAAAUAGCACCUUCACGAACCUUCUGCAUUUAUGAGGAGGUGGAGAAAUUACGCAAAGCUGGAUUGAUUCAAGGGGGUUCAGCAGACAAUGCCCUUGUUUGUAGUGCCAGCAAAGGUUGGUUGAAUCCACCGUUGCGUUUCCAAGAUGAACCUUGUCGCCAUAAGGUUUUAGAUCUUGUGGGGGAUUUUUCUCUUCUUGCGCAGAAUGGUAAUCAAGGGCUUCCAGUUGCACAUAUUGUUGCUUACAAGGGUGGUCAUUCGUUGCAUGCUUCAUUUGUACGACGUCUGUCAGGUUUAUGUUGAGUAUGGAUGGCGAUCUGGGUAUUGUUUUUAAUGAUACAAGGUUGAGGCUCCUGCGUGUAAGUGUGUGCUG